AUGUCAACAGCCGAACCAGAAGAGAGAUACGACUAUUUGUUUGUCUUGAUUGGUGACACCGGGGUGGGAAAAACGAACAUCCUUACGCGCUACGCGAAGAACGAGUUUUAUACAGAUACAAAAUCAACGGUUGGAGUGGAAUUCGCCUCUAAGUGUGUGACUAUUGACAACAAAACGAUCAAGGCGCAAAUUUGGGAUACAGCGGGACAAGAACGCUAUCGAGCCAUCACCAGUGCGUAUUAUAGAGGAGCUGUUGGAGCUCUCCUUGUAUAUGAUAUAACAGUGAGAUCGACAUUUGACAACAUUGGUGUAUGGUUGGCAGAGCUAUCACAUUAUUCGGAUAACGACAUGACGAUCGUACUAGUAGGAAACAAGUGCGACCUAGCCAAUCUGCGAGUCAUCGAAUCGCAAGAAGCCGUUCAAUUUGCUGAACAGCACAAUAUUGCGUUUAUCGAAACUUCUGCUUAUGAUUCCACUGGAAUCGAUAAAGCCUUUGAAACCAUUCUAAGCGGUAUAUACACAUGCAUUUUGGUUCAUCCAAUUAUAGAAAUAAGCAAACGAAUCGAUGCACAUGACACCGAUAUUCGUCCAAUGAUGCCUAUACCGCCCUACGACUCGGGCCUAUCUCCAAGUCCACCCGAAUCGGAAAAAGAAAACUACUGUGGUCCAGCAGCUUGCUGCGUUGUGAACUGCUCUUGUUUUUUAAAAACCUCACAAUCCGUUCAAGCAAGAAUUACCAAACUUCAUAGAAAGAUCAUUUUUGGUGAUGAUAACUCCAUUCGAACGCUUGGUGGAAUACGCAGUUCCUCCAAAAUCAAAUUAUCGUUGCUUGGAGUUGUCGCCUGA